AUGAUUGAAACUCAGGUCGAGAUUGCUGCUCCACCCUCCAAAGUGCGCGAAGUGCUUUUGGACUCUUCAAGAUACCCUGAGUGGCACACCUGUCUCAUUCACCGUCUCGAAGCGAAGGAUAGCACCAAGACGCUGGCGACUUUAAUACUGGGCGAUUUCAUACGUUGUGACAUAGAUGGCAUGAAGUUCGACGCCGAAAUUACUGAGAAUUCCGAGAAUCUUUUUCAGUGGCAGGGUCCCCCGGUGGCUGGCUUGAUCGCUGGGCUGCAUAGCUUCCAUAUGCUUUCUACCAAGGACGGGUCGGCGACGAUACUCAAGCAAACGGAAGAGUUUACUGGUGCACUCGCUUUUCUGAUGGGACCAUCGUUGUUAGGUAGGAAGUUGGUGGGACAGUAUAGCAGGUUCAAUGCGGAUCUAAAGAGAAGAGUUGAGGAGCUCAAAUUGAAGGAUGGAUCAGCGAGGAGAGCGUGGAAUGCCUGGACAGCUACAUCUUGA